UUUGCCAAAAAUCAUUAACUUGAUCAUUUAUCAAAGUUUUUCUUUGACUUUUUUCCUGGGUUCAUGUAUCCCAUUGCCACUGCUAGGAGUCAACCUGUGCUCAUUUAAGCCAUUUUAUCAAAACAACUUCCAUUUAUAGUAAUUUUGCGAUGAAGCACGGAUUUUACCAUUAUCGCCUUCUUUAACUGUACAUAUAAGAAUUCCUUUGUUUAACAUAUUUUACAUAUUUUUAGUGAAUAGUCAGCUACGAAAGUAAGGCUGGUGGUGUUAGUAAAUUAGUUAUGUAUAUCACUUAGUUUGUUCUUCCCAUCAACGUUUAUUCUGUUUCUGUCCAAUGUCUUCAUUUUCCUACAACAGUCACAUCUACACCAACAAUGAACGAGAAAGAUAUUACAAAACAGAAAUUUCUCACCAAAGAUUCAUAAAAGAAUUCAUAAAGAAGGGUAUGAAAAACAGAAGAAUGACAUUUUCAAGAAGACAUGUGACUUUUGUUUAUUAACCAUGAAGUAAUUUGUAAAAUUUUAAAACAGGAAUUACAUUGGUAUUUGAUAAACCAACAGACAUUAUGGCGGAGACAGUAAGUAAACGUCAAGAUGAUAAUGAAACAAAAUCUGAACAUAAAGAGACACGAUUACGUUUAACAAAGAAAUUCUAUACGUGUAGUAUAUGUUUACUCAUAUUCUCUGAUGCUGACAGCUUGACUAAUCACAAGAAUAUCCACAAUGAGAAAAAACCAUAUCACUGUGACAUCUGUGGUAAAACCUUCUCAGACAAUUCCAAAUUAACUCGCCAUAAAUGUACAUAUUCAAUAGAGAAACCAUUCCAUUGUGAUGUCUGUAGUAAAAGAUAUUCUCGCAAUGACAAUUUGAAACGUCACAAACGAAUACACUCAGGAAUAAAACCAAGCCGCUGUGACGUUUGUGGUAAGACAUUCUACUCAAGUGAAAGUUUUGCAUCCCAUAAACGUAUUCAUACAGAAGAGAAACCUUACCGUUGUAAUAUCUGUGGUGAGUUAUUUUCUGAAACUAAAGCAUUAUCUGUUCAUAAACGUGUUCAUGUCAAUGAGAAGCCAUACCAGUGUGAUGUGUGUGGCAAAUCAUUCUCUCAAAAUGGAUAUUUAACUUAUCAUAAACUUAUUCACACUGGGGAGAAACCAUACCAGUGUGAUAUCUGUACUAAAACAUUCUCUCGGAAUGAUUAUUUGAAACGUCAUCUACGUAUUCAUACUGGGGUAAAACCAUAUGAAUGUGAUGUCUGUGGUAAAAGAUUCUCUGGAAGUGGACAUCUGACAUGUCAUAAGCGAAUACACACAGGUAAGAAACCAUACCAAUGUGAUGUCUGUGGUAAAUCAUUCUCAACAAGUGGAAAUUUAACUUCUCAUAAACGUAUUCAUUCAGAUGAGAAACCAUACCAGUGUGAAGUCUGUCACAAAUCAUUUUCUCAAAGUGGACAUUUAAGUAAUCAUCGAAAUAUUCACACAGGUGAGAAACCAUAUCACUGUGAUGUCUGUGGCAAAGCAUUCUCUAUAAGUGGAGAUUUAUCUCGUCACAAACGUAUUCACACUAUUGAGAAACCUUUCCAGUGUGAUGUCUGUGGUAAAAAGUUCACUGUAAUUGAAAAUUUAACCUCUCAUAAAAAUAUUCACUCAGAUAAACCACACCCGUGUGAUAUCUGUGGUAAAAUAUUUUCGCGGAAGAGAUAUUUAAUUAGGCAUAAACAUAUUCACUCAGGGGAAAAACCAUACCGCUGUGAUAUAUGUGGUAAAGCAUUUACUCGAAAUGGGUAUUUAACUUCUCACAAACUUAUUCAUUCAGGAGAGAAACCAUAUCAGUGUGAGAUCUGUAGCAAAACAUUCUCUCGCAAUGAUUAUUUGAGAUGUCACAAACGUAUUCAUACAGGGGAAAAACCUUAUGAGUGUGAUGUUUGUGGUAAAGCAUUCUCUCAAAGUGGAGAUUUAACUCGUCACAAACAUAUUCACUCAGGUGAAAAACCAUACCAGUGUGAUGUAUGUGGUAAAAAGUUUGCACGGGGGAGAUAUUUAAUUAAGCACAAACAUAUCCACACUGCAAAUUCUUAUCAUUGUGAUACCUCUGGUAAAGACUUUGCAGGAGGUGAAAAUUCAACUGAUGAUCAUUUUUAUGCUGGGGAAAAACUACACCAAUGUGAUGUCUGUGGGAAAAUAUUUGCACAGAAGAGAUAUUUAAUCAGACACAAACAUAUUCAUUCAGGUGAGAAACCAUACCACUGUGACACAUGUGGUAAAGCAUUUUCUCGCAAUGAGUAUUUGACUCUUCACAAACGUAUUCACACAAGAGAAAAAUCCUAUCAGUGUGACAUCUGCAAUAAAGCAUUCUCUGCAAAUAUCAUUUUAACCAUUCAUAAACGCAUUCACACAGGGGAAAAACCAUACCAUUGCGAAGUCUGUGGUAAAACAUUUUCACAUAAAACAACUUUGAAUAUUCACCAGCAUGUUCAUGCAGUAGAAUAAUCAUUCUAUGUUAAGUACUGGAAUUUGAUCAUUAACAUCUGUUGCAACAUGUUAGCUGUCCUUUUUGCAGUAUAUUAAGGAAGUAACUUUUAUCUCUUCUGAAAAACAUCGCCUAAACUAAAAAUAUUGUUAACCAAUUGUGACAUUAUGUAGCAUGCUUAUAGACCAGAUUAGUUAAUUGCAUGCAAAAGUAUUUUAAUCUUGCUUUAAAGCGAACAUACAGGUCUAAUUUUUAAAUGUUCAUAGUUUUAACUGAGUUGGGCAUUAUCCACCUAAUAUGCUGUCUGCCUUAACAACACCACCUUCAACAAGUAGUUAUUUUGAAUGCUGGCCAACACAUCCUUCAUGCAACUAAUGCCUGUAAUCAACAUGAACAUAAAAAUUUGUAUCCACUGCAGCAACACCUCUGAAAUGCAGAAAAGCAAAGUGUCUUUGUGCAUCACACAGCCUGCAAGCUCUCUCACUUCCUGACUUUUAUGAUCCCUUGCCAAAAUGUUCUCUACUAACCCUAACCCUAACCCUAACCCUAACCAUUCCACAAACAAGACAGCUUAUGUUAGCAGUUCAUCCACUUUGUCAUUUGUUCUUUGCUUCAAUUCCACACUGCACAUGCUCUACUAAACUCUCUCAAUCUCUCCUUCCCAAUGUCACCAAUUUCAUCCAAACCACAUGAAUUCAAUCAUCACGUGCGAAAAUCUCCUGAAUCACUUCAGCCGAACAAGACAACUUUUAACUUUCUUUUAAUCACACUUAAUCUGUGUACUCCUGAGUUAUAACCAGUCAGUCUGUACCUACUAGAAUCUAGAAUCUAUUCCGAUUUAAUAAAGUGUCUCAUAUUCUUCGAAAUGGGUAAUUUCCCUGACUGCCAAUAUAUCACUCCUUCCAGCUUUUCAAAGAUGAUGAUUAAAUACAAUAUAAUUUCUGUGGAUGCAAAUAAACUGGAGUCUUGCUCUCACAUAACUCUAGUGCAAGCAAAAUUGUGGCAUUUGAAAUCAGCAAAUCUUUUGCCCAUGUUUAGUAUGAGAACCAAGUUACGUUGCCCAAGUAUGGUCUCCAUCUGUCUUUCAUUUUUGGAUUCCUGUGGACAGUUGCAACAUGUGCAGAUUCACACUCCAUAAACUCUGGUGUAUUCAAGGUGUGGUUAUGUCAAUCAAACCUCUCUUCCGGUACAUUACUUACAAAUUUACUGUCACUUACAAAUAAACACACAAUGUCUUCUGCAGACAGUUCCACUCUUCACUCCUCUGUUCAGCAACAUAGAUGUACAUGCUAAAAACCACAUCUCGAUCAUAUACUACCUCCAUGAACAAGCCUCUUGAAAGCAACUUUCAAUGUGUUUAUAUGACAGCACAAAGGCACAAGUCAAAGAAACAAGCCCUCUAACACAAACCUAUCAAAGUUGAUACAAAUGCUAGACUCGCAAUUUUUGAUGAUCUCUCAGCGACCUCCUUUUUCUAAACAUUUCACUCAGCCUCAGAACUACAACCCAUUGGAGGCCCAUAUAACAUCAGUCUGCAGAUGAAUGAACAUCAACAGCCUCACCUAUCUGGAAGGGCAUGACAAACUAACAAAAGUACAGUACUACACAGUCUCCUUGUAGUCAAACAGAGUAAUCACUAUAGGUUUUCAGAAUUAGUCAUCAAAUGCUGUAGCUUUGACAAGUAUAAAACUAGAUAGCAUGUUUGUAUGUAAAGACCAAAACUGAGACUCAGCUUGACUGAACACAUUUGCCCAAUGUUUUCAGACAGACAUGAACUUGAGAAAUCUUUAGCCAAAUCAUUUUAAUGGAAAACUGAAUAUAUUCUGGUGUAUUUAACUUUUCUCAUACCAUAUUGUCUGUUGUAAACAUUUGGUAAGCUCCACUGUGAUGUAUACAGUAUAACAUUCUCACAUGGACUUAUUAAAAUAUUUAUACGGGUGAUAUUUAUGAUUAAAAUAUUCUCUUUGUGUUUUAGCUAGUUCCAGCUAUAUAUAUUGGUGCAGUUGUGAAAUUCUAUCACUGUUAUAACCUUGGAAAAGGUUUUUUUUUUUUUUUUUUUUUUUUUUUGCAAUGAAAGAAGUUAUCACAUGAAACCUGUAGAAACUAUGCUAUAUUAGAAUGUAUAGUAAUUCUUAGAAAUUCUGUGAAAGUAAUUGUUAUAAUGUUAUUGUGACAUUUUAGUAGAAUUAUUUCAGAGAAAAUUAUUUCCCCAAUCAUGACUUUUUAGAGUAGACUUAUAUCAUUUGAUAUUCUACACUCGUUGAGAAACUCUUCAGAAAAAUAUUCAAAAUUUCAUAAAUGUAACUUUUCCACUUUCUGAUUGUAAACUCUUGUGCUAUUGUGGUGUAAAUUAUUAUUAUAUUUUAUAUAAGUGUGUAAACCUGUCUAUCAAAUUAUUAAUUGAAAAUGUGUUGUUGCAUUUUCAGUUUAAUUUAUUUUGAAUUAAUUUUGCUAAUUAGUCUGCUUAUAGAUAUAGAGCUGUCACAAUUUUUUCAUUAUUUAAUUGCCAUCAAAAGUAUGUGUAUUAGGAAACAAAUGAUUUUUUUUUUGUCGUGUAUUGUCAUUCUAAAUCUUGUCUCAUGAAAUUUAUUAUCUUUAAAAAUCUGAAGUGCCAAAGAAUAAGAAUAAAUUAAAAAUAUAAAGUGUAAAGAAUAAAUAAAAUGUAUGAAAUUAUUUGAAAAUACAAUGAAUAUA